AUGAGCCCUUCAGCAGUCGACGGUAACGGCGUCGCGGACGUCAAGACGACCCUCAAGCCCAACAUUGGCGUUUACACCAACCCCAACCAUGACCUCUGGGUCACUGACGCCGAACCCUCUGCUGAAGCCGUCAAGUCCGGCUCUGAUCUGAAGCAUGGCGAGGUCAGCGUCGCUAUCCGAAGUACUGGUAUCUGCGGUUCCGAUAUUCACUUCUGGCAUGCUGGCUGCAUCGGUCCUAUGAUCGUCGAGGGCGACCACAUUUUGGGCCAUGAGUCUGCAGGCGAGGUUAUCGCCGUGCACUCAUCUGUCAGCCACCUCAAGGUUGGUGACAGGGUCGCAGUCGAACCCAACAUCCCCUGCGGCACCUGCGAGCCGUGCCUCACUGGCCGAUACAACGGUUGCGAAUCCGUCCAGUUCCUAUCUACCCCUCCUGUUCCUGGCAUGCUGCGCCGAUACAUCAACCACCCCGCUGUCUGGUGUCAUAAGAUUGGAAACAUGUCAUUCGAGAAUGGCGCUCUGCUUGAGCCUCUGAGUGUUGCUCUGGCCGGUAUGCAGCGAGCUGAGAUUCGUUUGGGAGACCCUGUUCUGAUCUGUGGUGCUGGACCUAUCGGAUUGAUCACUCUUCAAUGCUGUGCUGCCGCUGGUGCUUCGCCUAUUGUCAUCACUGACAUCUCAGAGAGCCGAUUGGAGUUCGCCAAGGAGCUUUGCCCCCGCGUUAUCACACACAAGGUCGAAAGACAGUCCGCCGAAGACUCAGCCAAGGCCAUUGUCAAGAGCUUUGGCGGUGUUGAGCCCAGCGUUGCUAUGGAGUGCACCGGUGUCGAGAGCAGCAUUGCGGCUUCCGUCUGGUCAGUCAAGUUUGGCGGCAAGGUCUUUAUCAUUGGUGUCGGAAAGAACGAGAUCAACAUUCCUUUCAUGCGCGCCAGUGUGCGAGAGGUCGACAUUCAGCUGCAGUACCGAUACUGCAACACCUGGCCUCGAGCCAUCCGCUUGAUUGAGAACAACGUGAUGGACCUUUCCAAGCUGGUUACUCAUAAGUUCAAGCUCGAAGAUGCUAUCAAGGCGUUCGAGACCUCUGCGGAUCCCAACAGCGGGGCCAUCAAGGUCAUGAUCCAGAGCUUGGAAUAA